AUGGGGAACGCAGCGGCGGACCUGAAGCAGUUGUCGGACGACGCCAGCAGCGCCGUGAAGAACGCUCUCGGGCAGGCGGGGAGGAAGGUGCGCAACUCGGUCGGGUCCAUGAUGGGAGUCCCGCCCAAGAAGGGCAAGAAGAAGCACCACUGCCCCGGCGGGAAGAAGCACCACCACCACCGCCACCGCGGGGGGAAGAAAAUUAGGCCGGCGGGAGCUGGUAAGCGCAACUCGGGCGCAGCUCCCAAGGCGCCCGCUGCUCCCGGCGCUGCUGGCGCGAAGGGGGUUCCGAAGAAGCAGGCGGGAGCUGGCAAGCUCACCUCGGGCGCAGCCCCCAAGACCCCCGCUGUUUUGCCUGUUGGCAUGGCGGCGGCCGUCCUGAAGGCGCAGGCGCCAGGAGCAAAGGUCACCUCGGGCGCAGCCCCCAAGCCCACCGCUGCCACCGCAGCCCCCAAGCCCACCGCUGCCAGCAGUGCUGCCAACAGUUCUGCGAGCAGGUUUGAGGGAGGUGUGGUGGGUAGGAGACCGUAG